AUGGCGCCUGGGCACGGUGGUAAGCGGAAGCGCGUUGAGCGCUCGUACUCCGGUGAUUCAGGAAGCAAUGACAACCAGCGUCCUUCUCCUCAUCGCCCCGGAACCUUGAACAUGGCGCACCACCCAAAUAACACCCUACACCAAUCCCCCUCCCACGAGCAGAAUGAAUCGCGCGAUAGAUCUCGCCGACAGUCAAACUUCGGCCGGGCUGGUUCCCGACGCGAAUCUCAUGACAGUCAAAAUUUUUCGACCUCCCAGCCCAAAGAGCCGAACGCGAUGUCACCUCCACCCGUUGUCCAGUCCAAGGAAGCACCCCCCAAUGGCGACAGUUCCGCUCUGCAACCUUCACCCUCUCCAGCACCCAAUACCCCUUCUCAGCAACAUGCAAACCCGCCUUCUCGCGCUGGCUCCGAAGCUGCUCCCCGCCAACCCUCUCUUCCGCCCGCGCCUUAUGAUUACGAAUAUGUGACCGAUAACGCCGUUCAAAACUGGACAUCUACCGGAAAGCAGAAGGUGGUGGGAGAUGGAUCAGCAGCCUGCGCUCAACAAGAUUUCAUUCAGCUCUCAUCUGUGUAUCAAGAGCUGUUGCGAUCUGCUACCUAUGGUCGACUGUCGCCAUCGGAAGCAGGCAAUGCUGUCAAAGAGAUCAUUGCCGACUAUGCGGUGCAUAACGAUGUGGACAUGGAAGCUGGCAGCGGAACUGCCUCGACCUCUAAACUCGACCCUCGCUCCUUGUUCCUCGACACACUCUCCAUCGUGACUGACGCCGAUACUUCGAACCCCGCCCUAAAGCCGCUCAUUUUCGCGACCGGAAUUGACGCCUCUUUGAUGCGCCUUCAGCUGGAGACACCACUGCUUCAGUCCUUGGGAUUGGUUCGCGACACCUUUGCGCGAAUGGGCAUUCGCAAACAGACGAACUUGCUCUAUCGGCAAUCUAACUACAACCUGCUGCGCGAGGAGUCUGAGGGUUACUCUAAACUUCUGACCGAACUUUUCACCACCAGCAACAACGAACCGCCGUCAAGCGAAGUGGUUGAAGACACAUUUGAGCGAGUCAAAGCUAUGAUUGGCGCAUUUGAUAUGGAUGUCGGUCGUGUGUUGGAUGUUACACUGGAUGUGUUUGCUGCAGUCCUUGUCAAGCAGUACCGUUUCUUUGUGAAGCUUCUACGGGCUAGCUCUUGGUGGCCCAAGGAAGAUACCUAUCAGCACGCAGAAAAUGGCCGUGGCCACUGCGGACUCCCUAGCUGGGCGCUGCCUGGGUCAAUUGGCUGGGUGACCACAGACGAAGAGCGAUUGGCCAUUGUACACUCCAAUGAGGAGCGCGACCGCCAGUUUUGGGAUCGGGUGAGGGAAGUCGGACUUCGCGCCUUUUUCGAGAUAGGCCGCAAGCCAGUCUCAGAGAAGGAAAAGCAGGAGAGUCUAUCAGAACCUCACGGCUCAUCUUUCGAUGAGGAUGUGACCCGCUCAUGGCUCGAAGAGACAGGCACAUUACCACCCAAGGGCAACCGGGUCGCGGCCCAGCUGCUUGGUUUCAAGCUCAGAUUCUACUCUUCUUCUGCCCGCACCAAGGCGGAUGUCCUCCCUGAUAACCUCAUCUACCUUGCCGCCCUACUCAUCAAGGUUGGCUUUAUCUCCCUCCGUGACCUUUACGCCCACCUUUGGCGCCCUGAUGACACUAUGGAUGUCCUGAAAGACGAAAAAAUGAAAGAGAAAGCGGAGCGUGUGAAGGCUAACCGUCCUGGUGGCGGAACGAACGCUCUGAUGAUGGCCGGUGCUCUGUCAGACGAUACAGUUCCUCCUCCCCGUCUGCGUGACGAACCCCGAGUGACAACACCUGCGAAAGACCAAGAACCCGAGAAGGCAUCAGCCAAGCCGGAAGACGAAUUACCAGAUCCUUCAGACCAGAAGGUUCUUUUGCUCAAGAGUCUUCUCGCCAUCGGCGCAAUCCCCGAAUCGCUCUUCGUUAUUAGCAAAUUCCCCUGGUUGAUGGAAGCAUACCCCGAACUACCCGAGUUCAUCCACCGAAUCCUUCACCACUCCCUAUCCAAGGUGUAUGCACAGUUCCGACCUGUGUUCACCACUGGCGACUUCCCCGGGGCUCAGUGCACGGUAUCCUCCGAUCAACACAGCCACCCGAAGGGCCAAAUUGCGCUCACAGUCCCUCCCACGAAACGAGUUCUGAGAUGGGCUCAGCUGGACAAGGAGGACAUCGAGGAUGGCACCGACUAUCGAUUCUACUGGGAUGAUUGGUCCGACAACGUUCCAGUCUGCCAGUCUGUGGAUGAUGUAUUCGCCCUUUGUUCCUCCUUUUUGCUGCUUUCUGGCCACAAGAUUGGACAAGAUGCCAGCCUCUUGGCGAAACUUGUUCGCAUCGGCAAGGGAAGCUUGAUUCAGGAUAAGUCUGAGGAAAAUAGAACGCGCUGGCGCGACCUCUGCAAGCGUCUUCUGCUACCCGCUGUCAGUCUGACAAAGGCGAACCCCGGCGUUGUGAAUGAAGUGUUUGAUCUUAUCAGCUUCUUCCCUCGUGAUAUCCGAUACAACAUGUAUGCCGAGUGGUACUCAGGACAGACAUCGCGACUUCCAGACAUUAAAGAGGCCUUCGAUCAAGCCAAGGCAGAGACCAAGGACACCCUGAAGCGACUCAGCAAGACCAAUAUUCGUCCCAUGGCUCGUGCACUUGCCAAGAUUGCCUACGCAAACCCCGGAAUUGUCAUCACCGUCGCUAUCGGUCAAAUCGAGUCAUACGAGAAUCUCAUCGAAGUUGUGGUUGAGUGCGCUCGUUACUUUACCUACCUGGGCUAUGACAUUCUGUCCUGGUCACUCAUCAACUCGCUUGGCCAGAAGGGACGAAGUCGUGUUCAGGAAGGCGGCCUUCUGACCAGUCGAUGGUUGAAUGCCCUCUCGACCUUCGCAGGCCGAGUCUACAAGCGGUACUCUGUGAUGGAUCCAGCGCCUGUUUUGCAAUACGUCGUCGAGCAGCUUCGACACAACAACUCGACCGAUCUCAUUGUCCUUGAGCAGUUAAUCAGCUCAAUGGCAGGUAUCAUCUCAGACAACGACUUCAACGAUGCCCAGAUCCAGGCCAUGGCCGGUGGUGAUGUGCUCCAAUCUCAGACCAUUCUACAAUUGCUCGACAAGCGUCACGAAUCCACUAUUACCUCCACCCGAUUGCUCAAAUCGUUGACCCGCACCAGACUUGCUGGCCAGCUAUUGGUCGCAAUCGCCCAGGAACGUUUGACCUGUGUCUACAACGAGUCAUCUUCAGAGCUCAAGCUGCUCGGCAACAUCUUUGAUGAAAUUCAUCGCAUUCUCACUCAGUACCUUGAUUUGCUUCGCAGCAAUCUUUCGGUGGAUGAUUUUGAUUCUUUUGUUCCAGACUUCGCGUCACUGGUCAAGGACUUUGGAAUUCAGCCCGAAAUUGCUUUCUGGAUCAGGCGGCCCAGCAUUGCCCAAAAGAUCACCCAGGCAGAGGAACCAAAACAAGAGAAGGGACCUUCGAAUGUUGGGGAGAAUGUUGCCUCCAAGCCGAACGGUGACAGCAUGGACACCGCUGAAGAUGGGAACACACCCUCGAAAUCGGAUGGUGCACCGGCAGACAAUGCCAUGGAAGUUGACAAGUCUGAUUCAGAUGAAUCUGGAUCCCUUCAAGUUCCUGCUGUCAACGCCGAGCCACUGGCAGCAAACCCCGUCAUGCAAGAUCUAAUCGACAACAUCAAGUCUUCUUUGCCUGCAGAGACUUGGGAAACCAUCGGAGCACACUUCUACGCAACCUUCUGGCAGCUUUCUCUUUACGACGUUCAUAUCCCCCAAAAGUCCUACGAGGAUGAGAUUGAUAGGCUCAAGCGACGAGUGGUGACUAUCAACAAUGAUCGUUCCGAUCUCAGCAUGGCAGGAAGUUCGAAAAAGGAGUUCCAGAAGAAGCAGAUCACCCAGCUGCAGGACCGCAUUUUGGACGAAAACAAGAGCCAUUUGAUGGCGUAUGGACAAACACGAUCUCGGCUCCAGAAAGAGAAGGAAAGGUGGUUUGCCGGCAUGCGUCUCAAACACGACUCUCUCAACGUUGCGCUUCUCGAGCAAUGUUUCAUUCCUCGACUUCUUCUAUCCCCCCUCGACGCCUUCUUCUGUUUCAAAAUGUUGAAGUUCCUCCACAGCUCAGGGACACCCAAUUUCCGCACAGUUGGUCUACUUGAUCAACUGUUCCGUGAGCACAGACUCACCGCUCUCAUUUUCCUUUGCACAUCGAAAGAAGCAGACAACCUUGGCCGGUUCUUGAACGAAGUUUUGCGUGAUCUUGGUAGAUGGCAUGCCGACAAGGCCGUGUACGAGAAGGAGGCGUUCGGGGCCAAGCGAGAUCUUCCUGGAUUCGCGAAAAACGUCGAUCCCGAAGGUGUGCCAGUGAUGUUCCUUGAGUUCGAGGAUUUCCGUCGCCUGUUGUACAAAUGGCACCGGCUAUUUUCUAAUGCUCUCAAGAGCUGUCUUGGAGGUGGUGAAUACAUGCACAUUCGCAAUGCGAUUAGUGUUCUGAAGGCGGUAGUCCAACACUUCCCUGCUGUCAACUGGAUUGGCCGAGACAUCCUCAACUGUGUUGACUCUCUGAGCAAGAACGACGAGAGAGACGAUGUCAAGAUUCCCGCUGCCUCGUUGAUCGGUGACCUCAACAGACGGGAGAAGAAAUGGAUGCUACCCCAGGCAUUCAAUCUAGUGGCCCAACAACCCCAGUCCGCGGACAAGGCAGCGAAAUCCGCAACCCCGGGAUCUGCUACGCCUGCGGCCUUGAACGCUUCAGCUCCAGAGUUCAACCCCUCUGGUCCCUCAAAACCACGAGGUGCUCCGAAGCAGAAUCAAUCUGGCAAGACUGAAGUUGAGGAUGGUGAGAUUGAGGACGCAAAGAUGGGCGAUGUCAGUUCAGGAAAGGGCAAUGAGACCAAGCCUGCUGAGGCCAGCUCUCAGACUAAAUCCGCAACACCACUCACUACUGAAGUGAGCCAAGAGACCGCAUCUGGAGAUCGCUCAAGAUCUCGGCCCAACUCUCGGGCACCUACUUCAGGGCGUCAGGCCGAUAUUCCCAAACGUCCUGACAUCCGUCAGCAAGUCCACCCGCCUGUUCGUCCUCCGCCACGCCUCAGCGAUGGCGGAAGACUGCCUCAACGGCCUGAAGGGUUGGAUGAUCGACGGGAGAGGCAAUCCGACUUCGGUCCUCGUGGUCGGCAUGGAGGCGGCCCUGACCAUGGCCGCUCGUUCGAGAGCCCGGCAAACGAUGUCCGUGGUCGACUCAAUGAACGUCUUGGCGAACGUGAUCGCGACUUCCCCAUGCGACCUCCAGCUGAUGAUCUCAUGCGUGGUCCCCCUCGUGAUGCUCGCGGAGGCCGAGAGAAUGGCUGGCCUAUGGAUCGCUCGGGGCGCAUGCGUGGACCUGGCCCUGGGCCCAAUGACUCCUUCCAGGGACGUGAUGGUCCCGCACGAGGGGAGCUGAUGCCUGAUCCCGUGGACAGACCUGUUGAUCUUCCUCGACGUGGAGAUAUCCCCAGGCCGGAGAAAGAUGAUCGUAGAUCGCACCCUCAACGCCCUUUGUCGCCAUCCCGACCUGCAGACUUACCAAAUCGUCCUGAACGAUUCCCUCCUCCCGAUGAUCGUCGACCUCCCGUUAUCACUGGUUCUGCCCGGAUUGAUAACCUUCCCCGAGGACCUCGCAGCGAUCGCCAAAGUGACCCCAGAGAUCCCCCAGCUGGUCCUGAUAUGAAUCACGGUCGUCUCCGCCAGCCAGAACCUCCCUCUGAGAUCCCUGCUGGGCCUAGAAGACGCAAUGGACGCAACACCUCUGGACAAGGUCCGCCUGUCACUAGCUCGGCUAAUGCCACCACUCCUCUUCCCGACCGACAGGCGCCUACGGGCCCUGGCCGACAAAACGCACGCGAUGCACGUGAUGCACGCCCAGCGCCUGAGCAAGCUGCUGCUCCGCCGCAGCCCUCGGGCUCAGCACCUGCCCCUGGGAUUCAUCCGGAUCGACUCAGAAACCUUGUGGAUGAGGUACCCUCCAAUGUUCCCUCUGGACCUCGCGGAGGCUCAGGCCCACAGCAACCGCCUCGAGGCCCCGUUGGCUCUUCAGGGCCACCUAUGACCCCGGGUGCUUCUCCUCCCUCAGGACCUUCCGGAGCAGGAUUUAGCGGAGAGCGUGGCCGCGGUGAUAAACGGUUUGCCGGUCUCAACAACAUGCUACAGCAAUCCAACGGUGGCAGCGAGCGCAGUGGGAAUUCCCCAUCCGUCCGUGGAAGAGGGGCCAAUCGCCAAUCGAACACCAUGGAACCACCGCCAGCUCAGACUCCAACCCGUCCGCCCAUGGGCCCUGCAGGACCUCAAGAAGAUCAACCUCGCAGCCGACCCAGCGGUGGCCGGGCUCCUGAUUUGAUGGACAACGUUGUUCCUGACGCCGUCCGUUCUGGACGAACUGGUGACCGCAACCGUGAACAAGACCCUACACGCGAGAAUGAGCCUGACCGCCGCGAGGGUGGCAACGGCCGUAAUCGACGUGAUGGUCGCCGAGGUGACCGUGAACGCAACCGCCGAAGCGAUGUAGGCGGUGCCAACCGCGACGACAAGGACCGCACCGGUGAACCCCGCGAGAGCCUGCGUCGUGUUCAAAGUUCCCGCGAGGAACUACGACGCCGAGAUCGACGUGAUCGCCCUGACGGACCCCCUGAAAUGUCUGGGCCACCUUCCGGUGUCAAUGCCCCCGAGGGCGAAGGCCAUAUGCGCCCCUCCUCAUCCCAGGGAGCGCCCCCUCCACCACCACCACCUCCUCCCCCUCCCCCAAUGCCUGCAGGCAAUGAUCGCCGUUUCAACGCAGGUGGUGAUCGGGGACCUCGAUCCGACAACCGAGAUCGCGAGCGCGAGCGUCGCGGUGACCGACGAGACCGGGAUACCCCCGUGAAGGUGGGGGUGGCUCUGGACACCGCAAGCGCACUCGACAGGGCCCCGAUGACAACAAUGACGGUGGCCGCGGCAUGA